AUGUCUUCAGCCAGUCAACCAUCAUCCCUCUCGGAUUUUAAGACUGCUAUCAAGGAGCUCACCGAUGACACUAUACUAAAUGUGAACAAGUCGCUCGAGGCUUCUUUGGUGAAACUCCAAGAAACAAAUGAUUUUCUUACCAAUGAACUUGCUCGCACUAUAGAUGAAAGUGAUCGCAAAUUGUAUGAGGAGACUGUAUCAGAAAAUGAACAAGUGAUUGCGAGACAGAAUGAGAAGCAUGAUGCUUUAAAGCAGGAGCUCAUGUCUCGCAACUUGUUGCACAAUGAUGAAGAUACCUCCGAAGGUGUCUAUCUAUAA